AUGGAGAGUCAGCCACCCAUCGACUCUACCGCUAAACUUAACGACGGGCGCGAAAUUCCUCUUGGUCUUGGUGUCUAUCUUUCGCCACCCGGUGAUGUUACCAAAACGCUGUGUUGGCGGCCCUGGCGGUUUUUGCAUGCAAUGACACUUGCAAAGAUAAAACGAUUGCAAAGAUACGAAAACACGCUCGCAGCGGCCGACACAUCGCUGGCCAAGCUCAACACCGGUUACAUUGAUCUGUUGUUAUUGCAUUCGCCUUUGCCGGGAAAGAAGAAACGACUGAAAAGUUACAGAGCUUUAGAGGAAUUGGUCAAAUCAGGAAAGGUGAAAAGCAUUGGAAUAUCUAACUACGGUGUCCAACAUCUGAGGGAACUAUUCCAGAGAUUAAACCCGCGGUUAAUCAGAUUGAGGAUAUUCCUUAUUAACGCCGGGGAACCGUCAUCAGGUACACCCGUGCAAAAGCUCAACGGCUUUGACGAUGCCAAUCUUGUCCCAAUUGCGCAAAAGCACAACAAAACUUCUGCACAAGUUUUAAUUCGUUGGGGUCUCCAGCAUGGCUUGCCGAAAAGUGUACAUAACGAGCGAAUCACGAGCAAUGCUGACGCUUUUAAUUUUCACCUUGAUGAUGCUGAUAUGGGAAUCCUCGAUGGUUUGGAUGAAAAUUUCGUAACAGGGAAGGUUGGAUAUUAG